GCUAGCAUAGCCGAUCCAUAAUUCGAUCGUCUCAGCUAGCGCAUAUAUCUGAGCUAACCAGCUAGCCUUGCCAUCUCAAUCGUCACAAACAUACGUAGUGCAUACUCGGUCGGCUGCUACCUAGCAUUCCGCGCAUUUCGUCAACCCGCGCAUUCCGCGCAUGGCAUCCGGGCUCUCACGCAGGUCCAUGAGCCAGUCCAUCGCGUCGCGGCUGAACGAGUCGGCGGAGGCGACGACCAAGGCGAAGAAGCCGACGAUGGUGGAGCACGACGAUGAGGAGGUGGCCGGCCGGCGGCCGAGGUACGACGUGUUCAUCAACCACCGCGGAGUGGACACCAAGCGCACGGUGGCGCGGCUUCUGUACGACCGGCUGGCGCAGCUCAGCGGCGACGGGAUACGCUCGUUCCUGGACAACAUGUCCAUGCGCCCGGGCGACCGGCUGGAGGAGCGCAUCUUCGAGGCCGUCCGCGAGUGCAGCGUCGCCGUGGCCAUCUUCUCGCCGCGCUACUGCGACUCGGAGUUCUGCCUCCGCGAGCUCGCCAAGCUCGUGGAGGCGCGCAAGACCAUCAUCCCCAUCUUCUACGACAUCAAGCCCUCCGAGCUCAUCCUGCCGCAGGCCGUCGUCGACUCCAAGGACCACCUCCCCCGCGACAUCGAGGGCUUCAGAUUCGCGCUCCGCGAGGCCAAGUACACCGUCGGACUCUGCUACGACUCCGCCACCGGGGACCUGGCCGAGCUGGUGUCAGCGGCAGCCAACGCGGUGGUGGAGAGGAUUGAGGAAUUGGAGAAAGUGCAACGACAGCAGAUGAUCGUUUCAAGGCUCUGAUUUUUGAACGGAACAGUAAACCAACUACUAUUCAGAGCAGCGUGCUGGCAUCAUCAACUGACGCCCGGCCGGUGCAUGGUUAAUAAUUCAUUAACAUGG